UCCAAAAAGACAGUAACAAAACAGAAGCCCGCGGUAGCGGAAACUCCCCCAACCCAAAGAAAACUAGAAUGGCAGAAGAUAAUCAGGGUUCGAGGAUGAAAACCAAAUCAGAAUCUUCUUCCGAUAAAGGGAAGCGUAGAUUAGAGGAUGAGGAUAAUAGCGGCAGUUACUCCAAAGACCUGAAGAGGAGCCAAAAUUUUGAGCUCGGAGACUAUCCUGAACCUUGGAUACACUAUCCGCAAUAUCCUGGUGAUCGCUUACAAUUUUGUACUGGUGGUUCAUUUGUCGCUAAAGUUUAUGAUAUCUCACGGUCCUCUAAGAAUUGUAGACCCGUUGAACUUGUGCAACUACUCUGUUACUCUAGGUUGGCUAUGGCCCUUUACAACAUAAGGAUGGGUACAAACUUUUCUGUUGUCAAAGUCCUCAUGGCAACAGCACAAAACACACCGGUUUACACUAAAUAUGUUACUUUUGAAGCUGAAACGAAUUCGGGGGGUUCCGUUACCUUCCAAACUAAAAUAAUUGUUUUUUACCACCCGUGUCACCAGAUUCAGAUUUUGUUUGUUAGGAUCAAACCAGAUUACAACAACUCCCAGCCUUCUGAUUUGGAUCACAUUGCUGUCGUUGAAGAAGGCGCCCUCCUCUCUCGAGUCAUCAGUACAUAUACCACCGACUCGGGAUUGGAUUCUCAAUAUAAUUUAGCCCUUUAUCUCUCCCAGUUUGCUCUUGUUAGCCAUGACGUCUUCGUGUUGAAACAAUUUCGUGUUGCAAAGCACGACAUUGAGUCGCUCAAAGUUCUCCAGCUAGUAAAACUUGAUUCCAGUGUUCCAAGUUACCUUAUCACUUUUGAAGCUUCCCUGCUUGCUGAGACUGAUAGGAAAAGUGUUGAAACCUUCGAGACAAAAAUAUGCAUGCCUACCCUCUUCCCGACUACAACUAUAGAGUUGAGUUCAGAAGCACGAGUGAUUACAGAUCCCCUUUUCUAGGUGUUUUUGUUGUUUUUUCUUUUGGGUGGUUCUACAGUAGGCAAAAGCAGAGUGAAGGGGAGGAAACAGACUUUGAUAGCAGCUCGUGAAGAUCAAGGUAGCGGUGAGGAAGAAAAGUAAUCAGUUGAGAAAAGAGGAAGGCCACUAAAGAUGGUGAAGAAUGACAUUCUACAAAAAGAAGCUGAGGACUUUGAUGAAGUGGAGAAUACUGAUAUUAUCUUGUCGGACGAACUUAUCAAUGCAUCGUCUGUAAUUGAGAGUGGUAGAAAGAGAAGAAGGACUUCAGACAUUAAUGAAAAUCAUGUAUAGGUUAAAGAAAGUGGUGCUGAUCUUAAAAAUAAAACUAAUGAUUCUGUGAAGCCGGUUGGAUUCAGGCAUAAUGGGAGCAGGAGGAAGAAUAAACCACAUAGGGCUGCUGAAGUUGGCAUCUGAGUGCAGAUGAUGUCUGGAUUAGUCAUUUGAAAAGCCAAGAGUUGUCCUUUUAAAAUUGUUAUGUUUAUUUUCUUUUUUGAUGUUGGUAAUAUGCAACUACUAUUAAUUUUUUUUAAAGAGAAGAUUUGUUUGGUGGAA